AUGGGUGGUAUCGCGUGCCUGUGCAACGGUUUAUCGAAGAGAUUAAAACCCGUUGAAAAGCCUCGAGAAGCUGCAGCGAGCUGCGAGUGCGGGUGGGAAGUCGAAACCGGACACGCGAUAGCCGUUGGACUCGGUAUCUUGGAAGGGAAACGUCUCUUCCUUCUUGCCGUGGGGAUAUUUGCCGAGUGGAACGUGAUCCGAUUCGCUGGAGGGUUGGUACCCCUGAUCCUGACGGUAGUGUCCGCCUGUCUAGGCGGGCCGGCAGCCUUCGCCACAGUCUUCGCAAUCCAGAAGCGACGACGGGAUCCUCGCUACCGGUGUCUCAAAGGGCUCCUGAAGUGCCUAUCAAUCGCGGUUCUCUUCUGCGCCCUGAUGAAUGCCGCCGUUAUCGCGACUUUCGGUGCUUACCUCAACAUACGGCGGGAGGAUAUUGCCGGUGUUUUCAACGCCUCGAUGAUGCUCUACGCGGAGGAAUCGUCGCACAAAACCACCAUCGACCAGCUCCAGUUCACCUUGCAGUGCUGUGGUCACGCCGGCUACAGCGACUGGAUCGCGUUCGAUUGGCAGAAAGCGGACUAUGCAUCGCGGGACGAGAUGUCGAGUCAGCGGAGGAUUUCUGACGAGGAUCUCCGGUCCAUGGCGGUGCCGUUCAGCUGCUGCAGGCUCCGAUCGAUGAGGCCCUGUUUUCACAUGGAUUUUACCAUGAACGCAGAUACCAUAAACGACAAAGGAUGCGCCGAAGUCCUGAGCCGUCUGGUUUUCCGCAGUGCCGCACUCGCCUACUGCAUUUCCGCCUUCCUCGUCCUCACGCAGAUUCUUCUAGCCAUCCUCGUGCUAAAAAUCGCCAAGAGACCUUUUCGAUCGGAUUGUCCAUCCCUCUGCGAAUGCACGGAAAAAUGUCCGUCUGUGUGCCCGCUGCUUGAUCAUCAAUCCAGUACAUCGUACGUGAGCUCCACCGGCAACACCUCGCCUUGUAGCGAUCGUGCAAACUCGUCGGCAGCAAAGAACAGAAGAAGAAACGGGAAGCUGAGUACGAUCUCCAGCCGGACUUCCGGCUCCUGCAGUAGCUCGUCACCGACGCCGCCUCCGUCCUCGGGAAAGUCGAAGACGAGUUCCGCGAAGAAGACAUCGGCCAGGACGCGGUGCAACGGCGGCUGCGGGGCCGCGAGAAUUCGGCCGAGUCUUCACACCGAGCAUCGAGUGCCGAAAAAACGAUGCAGCCAAAAACGCACCGUCCGACCGAGUUGACGUCACUUAAUUCGAGCCGUCUUGAUCGCGAUACCAAUUUGAUCUACGUCAGGAAUCCGCGAACAGAUCCAAGAUCGAUAGAUCAUGCAACGAAUUUCACCGGCGUUAUAAUUCUUGCUCCUUUGAUCUCAUUCUCCAGUCGAAUCUCGCGUAUGUGAAUUUACGAGAAUUUGCAAGCCAGAUAUAUGCCUAUAUAUAACCGGUUUCCGAUGGAUAUGUAGGUACGUUAUUUAUUAUGUGCACACGCAUAUUGCCAUAUGAGAUCGUGAGAGAAGAAAAAAAUCAAUAGAUGUAUGAGAAGAAGUGAAGGACUGCAGUGUGGAUCACAGGGGGCGGAAACCUGAUUCUGCGGCCUCGCUGCAGCCACGGAUUCAAUACCGAUAAAUUAAUCCACCGAGGUAGAUAAAUUCGGUAUGAAGAACGAGCUACGAGAUUAAAGGGCUGCGUGGGCGAUAGAAUAUCAGCCAUGCUCCGUUUUCUUCGACAGCCGUCGUACGCGGCAUGAAUUAAGAGAGAAGCUGAUAAACUGCAGUGAGUUCUCCGCUUCCCGCAGCGCCGAUGCAUCGAGAUUUAUAAUUAUUUAUACCUAUAUCCUGCUAGUCUGCGGCACAAGAUUGCGUGCGCCCGAUGCAAGGACACCUCUAUACCUGUGGCACAACGCAAUAAUAUCGCAAAAGGCUUGAUCAAUCGCUUUUUCGAUACUUUUCACUUAUACAUACACCGCGCUGCACGAAGCUGCUGAUAAUGGCGUCGGUCAAUUAUCUACCGUGUCUUCAGCACACCGUUCGGUGUGAAUGUGUUUUUAAUUAAUUUUAACUCGUAACUGUUGAUAAAUAACGAUCUAUAUGGAGGCGUCUACAACCGCUGAUCGAUGUUAUUCUGUGUAUCUACACGUAUUUUAUCUAUAAAGCAUACAUAUAUAGUAUA